UCAAGGGGGCAAGGCGCCGUAAAGUAUAAAUGCUGUGACUUCAAUAGAGGAUCACCAGCAGGUUCCCCAACUCCGCUAUACCAAAGGAGAAGGAAUUGGCUGAGAAGAUAUAUUUUUUCCACCCUCAUCCGCAGUUUGGCUUGCAUCACCUUGUAUCAUUUUCAGCGAGCCACACCAUUGAUGUCUUAAGCAGCGAAAGGGGAGAGUGUGUGUGAGAGAGAGGGAGUGAGUGUAUGGUGUUUUUUCCAAGAGGAGAGGAAGCAGUGAUGGAAGAGCUCACCGCUUUCGUAUCCAAGUCCUUCGAUCAGAAAGUGAAGGAGAAGAAGGAAGUGAUAACCUACAGGGAGGUGUUGGAGACCGGGGCGACGCGAGCGGGGAGCCGGGAGUCUUUAUCCGCAGAGCCCGGGAGCCGAGAGGAGGCGGCCGCGGUCGCCCGGAACGUGGCGCUCUCGCCGGGCAGGGAGACUGACAUGCUGGGGCCGGAGAGGAUCAGGGACGCGGGGAGUCCCAAACUCAUUGACGGCACCACGGACGUGAAGGAGAGGAAAGAGGACUCGAAGCCCAUCGAGGAUGAAACGCAAACAAAAAUCAAGCAGAGAAGAAGUCGGACUAACUUCACGUUGGAGCAGCUCAACGAGCUGGAGCGGCUCUUUGACGAGACCCACUACCCAGACGCCUUCAUGCGGGAGGAGCUGAGCCAGAGACUGGGACUGUCGGAGGCCCGAGUACAGGUUUGGUUCCAGAACAGAAGAGCCAAAUGCAGAAAGCAGGAGAACCAGUUACAUAAAGGAGUCCUGAUUGGAGCAGCGAAUCAGUUUGAAGCUUGUCGUGUAGCGCCAUAUGUCAACGUGGGGGCUUUACGGAUGCCAUUCCAACAGGAUAGUCAUUGCAACGUGCCGCCCUUCUCCUUUCAGGUGCAGGCGCAGCUGCAGCUGGACAGCGCCGUGGCUCACGCGCAGCACCAUCUGCACUCUCACCUGGCGGCGCACGCGCCCUACAUGAUGUUCCCCGCGCCGCCGUUCGGGUUGCCCCUGGCGACGCUCGCGGCAGAGUCUGCCUCCGCCGCCUCCGUGGUCGCCGCCGCCGCCGCGGCGAAGAACACGAGCAAGAACUCCAGCAUCGCCGACCUGAGACUGAAGGCCAAAAAACACACGGCGGCGUUGGGACUGUGACAGCGAGGAUAUGAGGCGACUUGAGGAGACACUGAACCAAAACUGCUUCGAAGUGAGGGACAAAAAAGUAACGACGGACGUAAUUUAUGUUUUCUCAAUGAAGGAGGACGAGUAAAAUUAUAAAAUAUAGGCUAUUUAUGAAAGACAAUGGAAAAGACUGUGACGUGAUAGCCUACACAGACGCCUAAAGUAGCGGACGGGGUGGAAGGCAACGCAGGGACAGAUACCCCGAGGAGGAGGAGGAGGAGGAGGAGGAGGAGGAGGAAGAGGAGCAGGAUGCAGCUGGGUCGGUCGAUUCUUUGUCAAACAAGGCGAACCAUUCUGCGUUUUUUUCCUGUUUAAAUAAUGUAUUCUUGUUGUUAUGAUUUCGUUUCGAUUCUAUAUAGAGGCUGGCCUCAUAAUAUAAAAAAAAAAAAACUCUGCUGAAGUAGCGGAGAUUCUUUGUCAAAAUAAGGACAAUAUCUCCCCCUCCACUGUUUCUUGUCCAUUUUGAAAAUGCCUCUGCAGUGUUUGCAUGAGUUUGUGAAUCAUAUACUCCCCCCCAUCCCACUCCUAACCCCUCUCAUCCUCUGUCCUUCCCUCUCGAUUGAAAGUUUGGCCUUCUUGACCUUGUGUGGACCUCCAUGGCUGUAGGUGAAAUGGGCACCACGCAACAAAUUUGAGAUUAUAUCAAGAUGUGCGUUUUUUAAAAUCAUAAUUCGAGCCAGUGCCCAUAUAUUUAGCCUACAAGGUGAUUUGCACCCCCUGAUUUUUUAUUUUAUUUUAUUUUUUAAGGAAGGCAAAUCUCAUAAAUAAAUGCCAUCUCUAACACAGUUGACUGUAAGCGAACCGGUACGGGCACAUGUAAAAUAUGUUUAUACUUAAGAAAAAAACAUGCAUUAUUUUUUAUGAUUUAGUGGCUUUAUGAAUGCCUCGUUGGAAAUUUGUUCAUUUUGUAUAUUUUUUCCCGUGCAUUAAAAACCAUGUGCUUUCUGUAUGUAAUGUUGAUGUUUUUUUUAUAAUAGUGAACAUGAGCUCAACAAAAGCACGGGUUUCUAAAGGAAAAAAAAAAAAAAGAAUGACCAUGAAAUUAUUUUUAUUUUUUCCAUCACAUGUGAAACGUGAAACCACUUUAACAAAACUUGUUUUUUUUUUUGUUCCUAUAAUAAAUUAACAAAAGUUUUCUUUAA